UCCAUUUGAAUAUGAGUUUAUCUGCCGGUGCUAGCGAUAUGGUUCAAGAUCUCAUAAUCAUCUCUGAUGACUCUGAUGGAGGCGAUUCAUCAAAAACUCAUGGGUUGACAAGUGUUGCUGAUAAUGAGUCAACUCUCCGAUUUGUGGAGAUUAACCAAGACGUUGACCAAGAAGACGUCACAAGUCAUUCAGUCAGGGCUUCGCAGUCUGUGGAAUCGUACCUCACAUCACCACCAAGGGAUACGGGAGAAAAGAAAACAUCCCCACCAGUACCAAUGAAAGGUAGAGUGAUACCAGGAAGGAGUACUAGUGGAGUUAGCAGCCCAAAGAAACCUUAUAGGUCUCUAAGGAUGAAUGCUUGCAAUAAUAUUGGAGUUGUGAAGAAGGAAAAGAAGAAAAGGGCAAAAAAGUCAGCACCCAAAAGGAAGAAAUCUGCUAAAUGAAUUGCGUUAGUUAAUUAUUUGGAGAGCUAUAAUUAUAUAGACUCUUAAUUAAAUUCUCGAAGAAUUAGUUGGUUGUUUUGUUUGUUUUGGCGAAUGGUUUUUGCUGUUUCUGAUCAGCUCUUCGACUAUCCUUUGUGUGAUUUUAAAAGUCCUGAAUCAUAGGCGGAUUUAAGAUUUUAAGUUUAUGGAUUUUGAAUCAUAACGUUUUUUUUGCUUAUUGAA